GCCGGCAGGGCAGGGCCGGGCGCGGAGCGGGAGCCGAGCGCGCCGCGGGAGGAUGGCGGAGCCGCACGGAAAUGCUUCAAAAGCUGUAGUAACCUUAGUAAGGUGAACGGCCGCGUUGACUAAAAUUGCGACUGGGCGUGAGCUACACAGCAAUUCAGCAGAACUGAAGUUUGGUGAAACUGUGUUGCUGCUUCACUUGUCCAUCCUAUUUAGGAGCAGGAAUACUAAUAUGAAGCAUUUGACCUGAUCUCUACAGCUGAAUCUCCUGAUAGUAGGAUUAGGAAAGAGUGCCUUCAGAACCAAUAUGUAGCAAAUGGGUGUCACACCUCUGAAGCUCCUCCCUGGGUUCAACACUUGGGUGUUUUAAGGAUCCUUGUUGCCUCAGCAUUGAAUUUUUCUUGUGGACUUCAGAAACAGAUUUCAUGUGGUGCUUGCUGGACAUUGAAUCACCAUGAGUAGUAAUCUAGGAAAAGAAAAGGACUGUAAAGAAAAGGAUCCAAAAGUCCAAUCGUCAAAAGAAAGGGAGAAGGAGGCGAAGGCCUCUGGAGGAUUUGGGAAAGAGAGCAAAGAAAAGGAGCCUAAGACCAAAGGGAAAGAUGCCAAAGAUGGAAAGAAGGACUCCAGUAGCACGCAGCCUGGGGUAGCUUUUUCAGUGGACAAUACGAUAAAAAGACCUAAUCCUGCCACAGGUACUCGCAAAAAAUCCAGCAACGCUGAAGUGAUCAAAGAGCUAAAUAAAUGCCGGGAAGAGAAUUCUAUGCGCUUGGACUUGUCCAAGAGGUCUAUACACUUGCUUCCAUCAGCUAUCAAAGAGCUAACGCAGUUAACAGAACUUUAUUUGUACAGUAACAAACUGCAGUGCCUACCAGCAGAGGUGGGCUGUCUUGUGAACCUGGUGACACUGGCUCUGAGUGAAAACUCACUCACCAGUUUGCCUGACUCUCUUGAUAACUUGAAGAAACUGCGCAUGCUUGACCUGCGGCAUAACAAACUGCGAGAAAUCCCCUCGGUGGUGUACAGGCUAAGCUCCCUCGCCACUCUGUACCUACGCUUUAAUCGUAUAACUACUGUGGAAAAGGAUAUCAAAAACUUGUCAAAACUCACCAUGCUUAGCAUACGAGAGAACAAAAUCAAGCAGCUACCUGCUGAAAUUGGUGAGUUGUGUAACCUCAUAACGCUGGAUGUAGCGCACAAUCAGCUUGAACAUCUUCCAGAAGAGAUUGGAAGCUGCACGCAGAUCACCAACCUUGACUUGCAGCACAAUGAGCUCCUGGACCUGCCAGAAACCAUAGGAAACCUGUCCAGUCUAAGUCGUCUUGGCCUGAGGUACAAUAGGCUGUCAGCAAUUCCCAAGUCUUUAGCAAAAUGCAGUGAACUUGAUGAGCUGAACUUGGAGAACAACAACAUUUCUACUUUACCAGAGGGUCUUUUAUCCAGCCUUGUCAAACUGACUAGUUUAACAUUGGCCAGGAACUGCUUCCAGUCCUAUCCUGUGGGUGGCCCGUCCCAGUUCUCCACAAUCUACUCUCUCAAUAUGGAGCACAACCGCAUCAAUAAAAUCCCCUUUGGAAUUUUCUCUAGAGCUAAAGUAUUAAGUAAGCUGAACAUGAAGGACAAUCAGCUGACGUCUCUCCCCUUGGACUUCGGGACUUGGACAAGUAUGGUAGAACUGAACUUAGCGACUAACCAGCUCACAAAAAUCCCUGAGGAUGUAUCUGGGCUUGUUUCUCUUGAGGUUCUUAUCUUGUCAAACAAUCUCCUAAAGAAACUUCCGCAUGGAAUUGGAAAUCUACGGAAACUCCGAGAGCUAGAUCUAGAGGAAAACAAACUGGAAUCCUUGCCAAAUGAAAUAGCUUACCUCAAGGAUCUGCAGAAAUUGGUUCUGACUAACAAUCAGCUGACCACCCUUCCCAGAGGAAUCGGUCACCUUACCAAUCUGACGCACCUUGGGCUCGGAGAGAAUCUUCUCACCCACCUUCCUGAGGAAAUUGGUACACUGGAGAAUCUGGAAGAACUGUAUUUGAACGACAACCCCAAUCUGCACAGCCUUCCCUUUGAGCUGGCUCUUUGCAGCAAACUGUCAAUAAUGAGUAUUGAGAACUGCCCGCUCAGCCACCUUCCACCUCAGAUUGUUGCAGGAGGACCCUCCUUCAUCAUUCAGUUCCUAAAAAUGCAGGGACCAUAUCGUGCCAUGGUCUGAUGCUCAUCGACUUGUCCAAUACACUGUACAAAAUACAAACUGCAUUAAUGUUGUAAUUGUCUGUAUAUGUAUAUAUAAUAUAAUAUAUGUGGUUUAUAUUAUAUUAUAUAUAUAUAAAUAUAUAAAUAAUAUAAAAAGGCAAAUUUAAGACUGCAUUAUGUGUUUCUGCUAAUAGAGGAAUCAUAGCCAUUUAGAUUUUUUUUUUAUUCUGUAAAAAUGCUUGUCUAAGUUUUCUUUGCUGAACUUGAUGGAAGUUGUCUGAAUAAUCUGAAAAUGCCAGUUCAUUUAAAGCAAUUGCCAAUGAACUCAAAGUUUAAAUUUAAGGGAAAAAACCAGUUUUGCUUAGAUUUACUUUCAGUUAAGAGAAAUGUAUAACCUUUAUAUAAUGAACUUCUCUGUUCCCCCCUCCCUCCCCCCCGCCCCCAACUUUUUUUUUGUGUCAAAACCUGAAAGGGUCACGUGCCCUGAAGUUGGGAUUUUCUUUUAACUUAUUUUGAGAUUUGAAGCAAAUGGUGUUUUUAUAUUGUUUACAGUCAGAGUAAAUCACUGGAUUUUGUUUUAUUCUGAUUUGCUCUGUUUUAAUCAAUCAUAUCUAGAGUUUAUAUGCCUCUGCUGAUGAAUUUUUAUCAACCAGUUUGUAUACUAAAAACAUACUCAUCAGAACAACUGGCAGGUGAAAAGGAUGCAGUCAAAACAAAAAGAAAAGAAAAAAAAGCUUGAAUUCCUUUAAGUCUUGCUUCCCUGAAUUAUCAGUUGCAGGCAUAACAUAUCUGAACUGAGCCUUUUGCAGUUGGUCUUUCUAGCACAAGUAAACCUUUUCAGAUUGGUCAAAAUGUGGAGUAUCCUCAGUGAGAGCGGUUUUCAUUGUGUGAAGUAACAAGUCCAUGAGGUCUAACAGUACACUUAAGUGACAAGGAAAUAAUAUAUAUGUACAUUUUUAUUACAAUGUUGAGUCAUAAACUACAACAGGCAAUUUUAAGGUUUCCUUAUAGAACUUGUACAAUAAAAUGAAUGUGUCUUACUUUUAAACACUGCAAUAUAUGUAAGUUUUAAGGUUGGUUAACAAUGUACUAUGGUUUUAUAUCUUGACUUGCCUUGUACCUCCUUCCAUUAUGGAACUUCUGUGUCCAAGCACAAUAUCUUCACACUGUGCUGUUUUGCUGCUGAACUAAAUGCACUUUUCCCCACAGCUGGGGCACUUGCUUCAAAAUAUUCAGUUCAGUAUCUUGAUUAUUCUUUUUUAAACUUCAUCCUAUCUGUUUCAGUAUUAAACCAAUCUAUUAAAAAAGAGGCACCUUUUUCAUUUGUGCAGAGAUGUUGGUAGCUCAAGAAAACACUGUAAGUAGUGGAUAUUCAGUUUUAUCAUGAAUUUCUUGGCUGUUUAGAAGGCAGAAGAUGCUUCAGGGGAGAUUUACACUAUUGCUGCACUUGCAGGGCCAGUUUGUCCUUUUUCAGGAGGGUAAGAACUCGAGGCAGUCACAUUCCAUGGUUACCCAAGAACUGCUCAGUUUAUACUCACUGGAAUUGCUGCUGGGGUAGUGUGACUUACAGGACUGUACCUUUUGCACAAAAUCAAAUCAAUGGAUGCCAUGGGAAAUCUGUUUCACAUGCAGAAGUUUGGGAAUUUUAUUUCUGGCUUUCAGGCAUGCUUAUUUAGACGUAUUUCCUCGAUCUACUUGCAUUUUGUUUUGUUGUAUGUCUUUUCAUUAACAAGGAGUAAGUUUUAAAUGGAAGGCAGGUGGAGAUAUAAAACCUUGGAGGGCUUAAUCAUGCUGUAAAACUAUUGUAGAUGUCACUGGAUUUUACUAAGUAAUGUUCUUUUCUUUCUCACACACUCUGUCGUACCCCCCCCAUUAUUUUUUUUUUUACAUCUACUGUAGCUUUUCAGUUUAGACUUUAGUUUAUAAAAAGCUAGUUCCUUACAGUUCUGCCUGAGUUAAUCUUUCUCAGCACUAAGGUGUUAAAAUAUGAAGAUGCUGAAAUGCUUAGUAUCAAGACUGUAAUCUAAGUUCUGAAUAUACUGCAAAGUCUGUGUUUGUGCCCUCAGGUCACUAGGGGGGAAACUGAUUUGAUUAUUAUGGUUCCUUAAAGCAAAAGUGGCGACCCCUUGUGUUUCCAAACGUCUUGGUCUCACUCCCUGUCCGCUCCUCAAUCCCGUUUUUAUAAAAGUUCAAGGGAUUGAAUUUGUUUAGUUUGUAAAUAUGUUGAUUAUUCACCUUGUUAAGGUACAUGGUUAAUGACUGUAUGAUUGGAGCUGACCCUCUCUCACAUAAAUUCCUGUGGAGAAGUUGGCUACCAAAAUAGUGCUCGUUACACUCACUUAAAAACAAGCUAUUCUUUUCAGUACACUUAUAGGAAUAAAUAAAGCUAUGUUUUAAUUCAUUACUAUAUUAAAAACAGGAUAUUUUUUUCAAACUAUCUUUGUACUAGUAUGGUUGUUGCAAUGCCAGAUAAUCCUGAGCCCUGUUUUAGCAGUUUAAUUUUAUACACUUUGAGGUGGAUGCUUAUUUUUUCAGUGUCUCAAGGGAUAUUUGAAUAAGAGCAGUGUGAGAGAAGUUUGGUACAGGAGACAUCAAGUCAGAAGAAUCUGAAAAGUUCUUAAAAAUCAUCUGAACGUUUAAAGCAUUAAAUACCUGGCAGAGAUUGGGAAUACAAUGCAUAUAAAUUCAUAUAGGUACAAUACAUGGAUUUAUAUCCAGAUCUAUACAUAGAUCCGUAUAAAUCCAACCAUUUUGAUCAUUCAAAAUAUUACCUCCUGAAAUAACAGACUUUUGAAUUUCCCAGGAUGCUGGAUUGUUAACUGGUAUAGAUUCUAAAUGGUUUUAUUGCCUGGUGACAUUCAGUUGAGCACACAUACUGACUUACAUAGGUUUAAGAAUUUUAUUUGUCCAUAUCAGUUAAAGUAUGAAUGGAAAGAACUUCAUUUUGACAACUGUAUGUGUACAUAAAUGCAAAAAUAUAUUUGUGUAUCUACACACAUGUGAAAGCAUAGACAAGGUGGGGAAAUAAAUUAUUUAUAGCAUUUUUAAAAAUAAGGUUGAGAAACAAGUGAUUCCCAGGUAAUUUUAUUAAAUGUUUAUCCUUCUUGCUAUACUGAGGGAAAUAAUUUAGAAUGGCUAUUGAAAAAUGUGACAAUCUUUACUUUGGGUGAAAAUCAUGACCUUGAUUGCUUGUCCAUAGCCAAAAUACCAAUAUUGUAUGUGUCUGUGCCUGUGUACAUACAUACUCAUGCCCCAUGGACACUAUCCUGAAUCAUGCCUUGAUUUAAUAAGCUAAAUUAUUAUAGACUAUGUAGUAUUAUGGAAGUCUGGAGAGGUAUAAAGCAGAUCAGAGAUUUGCUAAACCAUGAAAAGAAGGAACAGUUGCUGUUGUGACUCACAUUGGUCACAUAUUGCAUUUUAAUUUACUAAGUAGGAAUUUGAUAAUUAUUUGCAAAAGUUUUUUUAGCAUAAACACGUUAAAAUUGUGUCUCUUGCUGUCUCAUGUUCAAGUUUGUCACCAAAAUUGCCUGGUAUAAGUGCAGUGGAAAUGCUGCUUGUAAAGUUGGGUCACACAGGUAAAAUUGGGAUGUUUCAUUUUGGCAGAUGCCAUUGGAAAUGUUGACCUUCAUACACCCUCUUUAGAAAAAUUUGGAUUGCAGAAUAUUUGCUUCAGUGCCUCUCUUUGAGUUAGUAUUUUUAGGAAUGUGCAUGUUUAAACAUCUUGAAGGUUGUGUUUGCUCAUGUACAUGAUUUAGACAAUUAGUGCUUAGAUUGUCUCUGGUUAGUGCUUAAACCUGUUCUGUCACCUGGAAUUCAAGUGUCAUCUUCAAUCCUCGGAGUUUGAGAAAGAAAUAUCUUUUAUUUAACAAUUAGAAAACUUUGAGAGGUUAUUUUUUCUCCCUCUUUUCUUUUCUUUUUUUUUUUAAAAAAAAAAACCCAAAAUAAAUUAAACUUCUGAAUCAGCACAAAUCCAUAUCAGGAGACUUUUCAUAUCUGGAUGCAAUGAAGAAUUUUCCUGUCAGUGUCACACCUGAGUUGUAUCAAAUAGACAUGCCAGAAUAGCUUCUAGUGAGAAAUGUGCAGUUGGCAGUAAUUUGCACAACAGAAACUUCAAGGCAUGGUAAGGAUGAUUACAAACAAAUGAUAGGAUCUAUGAAUGGGUUUGUUUUCACAUUAGCAAAUAUCAAAAAAUUAUGUUUAUUAUUAUUCUGAUUUAGAUCUUAACCAGGACUGCAAAGGACCUUUGCUGUGGAAAAAUAUCAGACCACACUAAUUUUGUGGUUAAAAGCUAAGUGAGAGUGUAAACAGUCUACAAAAAUGUACUUUUAAUCUGAAUUAUUGUAAUGUUGUUAUGUCUAUAUAAAAGAUUGCCUUGCUUUUUUAAAAGAGUCAUUCUGUAUCAAUGCAUUCAUUAUAAAUAGUAUAUUUGUAAAUAA